UUAGAGUUAUAGUUAUUCUGUGUGAUACGUUAAGAGAGAAAACAGCGUUACUCGAUAUUAGUUCGUAGAUAUAUUGUAACUGAUAUGCGUUGUGUAACUUUUGUUUGUAUUAUUUUGUUUUUAAGUGUUUUAACGGAAGUCAAUACUCUAGACAUAUGUAACAAGAAGAUAAUUGAAAACAUUUACAAAAUAAACAACCAACCAAAAUGCGCCCUGGAGACGAUAUAUGCUUUGGGACACACUACCUUUUGGGCACUUCCAAAGGAGAAUCUAUCGCACAACUCCAGCCUACACUGUAUUGAAUUUUACUUAGAGAAACCAUUCAACAAGUCCACAACUGGUCACCUCACCUACCAUUUUUACAAUACAUCCAGAAUUGUAAACUACGCCUACCACGACCAGGGGAAAGGGCAUGCUGUGGAACUAGAUGAGAGUGGCUACAUGUUCCACGUUUACGGCCUCAAUAUCCCUGGCAUGUCCUGUUACUAUCGGUGUGCCGAUACUAUAAUAGACGGAUGGGACUACGGUUGGGAUUACGGUUGGGACUUUGGCGGUAUCGAAGUGCCUAUCGACACUCAGGACGAUCCGGAUGUGUUGAGGGCUGUGGCUGAGUGCAAGAGGAAGCUGAGGGACGUGGGUCUCUCGGAGGAAUUUGUCGACAUCACGACCUGUAGCGAGUGUUAAACCCUUAAUACUUACUGACACUAAUUACAUAGCCUGGUGAAUUA